ACAUCGGACGAUGUUCUAAAAAAUAAAAAUAAAAAGCAUUCAUCUUUUGUGCACACUUCAACAAACUUUUGUUCCGGCCACGCUCGCUCUAUAUUCUACGUGCGAGUGUCGUCUUCUCUACUCUCUUCCUCUCUCUCUCUCUCGCAUUAGAUCACUCCGUUGACUCUGCUUCCACUCGGAGAAGAUCUGUGGUUUCGGAGAUUUGUAGCUGAUUCGCUGUUGAAGCUAACUCGGCAGCCAUGAGCUCGGUUUUGCAGGGUUUUACGAAGUCACUCGCCAUGACUUUUGUGUCGGAGAUUGGGGACAAGACCUUCUUCGCCGCCGCUAUUCUGGCGAUGCGUUAUCCAAGGAGACUUGUGUUGGCUGGUUGUGUAUCUGCUCUGAUUGUCACGACUAUCCUCUCUGCUGCCAUUGGAUGGGCUGCUCCUAAUCUGAUCUCUCGCAAAUGGACCCAUCACAUAACGACCUUGUUGUUCUUUGGUUUCGGGCUAUGGUCUUUGUGGGACGGUUUCACAGAAGAAGGAGGGGAUUCUGACGAAUUGGCCGAAGUGGAAGCAGAACUGGAUUCUGAUUUGAAGGCUAAUAAUGGCAAGACUACAAAAGAUAACAGUAAGAUUGAAGAUGAAAACAAGAAGAAACAGAAAAGGCCAUUCCUCACACAAUUCUUCUCUCCUAUUUUUCUCAAGGCCUUUUCGAUUAACUUCUUUGGUGAAUUUGGUGACAAGAGUCAGCUUGCUACAAUUGGUUUAGCCGCUGAUGAAAACCCGUUUGGGGUUGUCCUUGGUGGAGUUGUGGCACAGCUUGUGUGUACCACUGCUGCUGUGAUUGGAGGAAAGAGCUUAGCUUCUCAGAUAUCCGAACGAAUAGUUGCUCUUUCUGGUGGAAUGCUAUUCAUUAUAUUUGGCAUCCAAUCGUUUCUUACUUCUGUUGAGGCCUAAUGCUUCUUUCUGGGUUGUAGGGAGAGCUGAAGAUGACGAUGAAGAACUUUGCUAUCUAUACUUUCUUUAGAUUUGUAAUCUUUGAUACUAGAUGUUUUACGCAAGUCAUUACAAAACAAAUCGGAAAGUUUAUUUAACCUUGAAAAAAAACAUUAAAAGGGGCGCUGAAGCAGCCAUUUGACUUCAAUAAAGUUCUGGUAAUCUUUGGUUAA